UGUGGAGGAAGUACCAUCAGCGUAGGUUAGUUAGCUGGGAAAUUGCUUUAGGCGUUAUAUUUCCAUACCAAAGACAGUAGCUAUUAACCUAUUUCAUCUAUAUGAAUUUUAACAAAAGCAGCUAUUAUAACACUGUGGUCAGUUAGUGUUAGUUAACUGAGUUCGCUAACUGUAAAUUGUGUCAGAUUAGCGACAUGCUAGGCUAGCAAAAGUCAACAUCCCAGGGCAGUUUGGACUGCUAGGAGUUUGGCUUUAGGGGAGAGACUGCUCGGGUAGCUACUGCUGUAUGCGUUCCGUAUGUGGUCAUAAAGUCUGACAGUCGGGUGGUUUAUCAUGAAGACUAAUAAAUCAUAUAAGCUUGUGCUGCACAAGAAAGGUUUUGGUGGAAGUGAUGAUGAGCUGGUUGUCAACCCAAAAGUUUUCCCUCAGGUCAGUCUAGGGGAUAUAAUCGAAAUUGCGCACCCCACAGAUGAAUACAGUCCUCUCCUGCUCCAGGUGAAGAGCCUAAAAGAGGACUUGCAGAAAGAGACAAUCAGUGUGGACCAGACUGUAGCACAAGCCUUCAAACUGCGGGCAUACCAGGAUGUCAUUGUUAACAUUGUGGAUCCUAAGGAUGCAAUGCUGGACUUGGUGGAGCUUACUUUCAAGGACCAGUACAUUGGCAGAGGAGACAUGUGGAGACUAAAGAAGAGUCUGGUGAGCACAUGUGCUUAUGUGACGCAGAAGGUGGAGUUUGCAGGAAUCCGAGCCCAGGCCAGUGAACUGUGGGUGAAGGGAGAAAAAGUGACCUGCGGUUACAUCAGUGAAGACACCAGGGUGGUGUUCAGGUCCACAUCUGCAAUGGUGUACAUCUUUAUCCAGAUGAGCUGUGAGAUGUGGGACUUUGACAUCUAUGGUGACCUCUACUUUGAAAAGGCUGUGAAUGGUUUCCUGUCUGACCUUUUUGCCAAGUGGAAGGAGAAGAACUGCAGUCAUGAGGUGACAGUUGUACUCUUCUCGCGUACAUUCUACAGUGCUAAAGCUAUAGAUGAAUUUCCUGAGAUUCUGAGAAGCUCUAUCAGACAGGAUCACACGGGACGUUUUUAUGAAGACUUUUACAGGGUCGUAGCUCAGAAUGAGAGAAGGGAUGAAUGGACAUCAUUACUGGUCACAAUCAAGAAGCUUUUCAUCCAGUACCCUGUCCUGGUGCGACUAAAAGAAGCAGAUGGUUUUCCGGUGGGUUAUAACUCAACUGCUGCUCAAGGGAACUACCUAGAGGCCAUUAACCUUUCCUUCAAUGUAUUUGACAAGCACUACAUCAACCGUAACUUUGACCGUACCGGACAGAUGUCAGUGGUCAUCACACCUGGGGUAGGAGUGUUUGAAGUUGACCGCCUGCUUAUGAUUCUCACCAAACAGCGAAUGAUUGACAAUGGUAUCGGGGUAGAUUUGGUAUGUAUGGGGGAGCAGCCAUUGCACGCAGUGCCGUUGUUCAAGCUACAUAACAGGAUGACACCAGGAGACUCUCGUGUGGGGGAUGACUAUAACCUGCCUCACUGGAUCAACCACAGCUUCUACACCUCCAAAAGUCAGAACCCUUGUAGCUCCUUCACGCCUCGAAUCAAACUGGCCAGCUAUAAGCUUCAUGCCGAAAAAUUCAAAAGCAGCAAAGACCACGCUCUCUGUGUUCCAAAGGACUCUGACAACAGCCUGCCUAUACAGGUGGACUAUGAUGCCUAUGAUGCUCAGGUGUUCAGACUGCCUGGUCCAUCACGAAUUCAAAGGACCACCAACCUCAGGAUGACUCGAGAUAAAGAGACAAGCGGGAGGAAGAGCUGGGGCUCGGUGGACGUCAGUGCAGGCAUAGGGGUGUCCCCUCCCGUACGCUCUGGGGGCCCUGAGGAACAGCGUAGUCUGGCCUCUGAUGAUAGUCUGGGUCCUGUGUCCAACAUGCUUCUAAUACCCCGCAUGCCUCCUGCCCAGUAUGAAGUCAGUAGUUCUCUGGGAUACACAAGCACUAGAGAGUUGCUAGAAAAGAUGAUGGACCCUCAGCGGGAUUCCAGUGCUCCAGGCAGGUUCACAGUGGGAAGUGCUGAGUCAAUCCUGCACAUCCGACCAGGAGGUUUCACUCCUCAGAGAGCUCUCAUAAACCCCUUCACCCCAUCCAGGAUGCCCAUGAAGCUCACCUCUAAUCGCCGCCGCUGGAUGCACACCUUUCCCGUUGGUCCUUCUGGAGAAGCCAUCCAGAUCCAUCACCAGACCAGACAAAACAUGGCUGAACUACAGGGCAGCCCGCAGAGAAACCCUGCCCACACCUCCGCCGAGCUGCUGGAGCUGGCCUAUCACGAGGCCACUGGAAGGCGAAGGACCUCAAGACAAGCAGGAGAGAAUGGUCUUUACAUUGGUGGGGGGGUGGAAGAGUUCACUGGAAGUCCAGGAAGCAACAGCAGUGGAACUCUGACUAACCGCGGCUCCUCAUUUGAAGACUUCUCCCCCAGUAGUGCCAAUCCAACCCUGCUGCUGUCUGCACCCCCGAUAGUGCCCAGCUUCUGCUGCACAGUUGGGGUGGACUGGAAGUCUCUGACCACACCAGCCUGCCUGCCCCUCACCACCGACUACUUCCCCGAUCGCCAGACACUGCAGAAUGACUACACUGAAGGCUGCUAUGACCUGCUGCCGCACAGUGACCUGGAGAGACGUGAAGAUGAAGCACCACUGACGAGUGCGUCUCAGGUGUUUGAAGAAUUUAUCUGUCAGAGGUUGAUGCAGGGCUACCAGAUCAUUGUUCAACCAAAUAACAGAAAACCACAGCCUGCUGUAGCCACGCCGCUUGGCAGCAGCCCUCUUUACUCCAGAGGUUUGGUGUCUCUGCGCCGGGCAGAGGAGGAGGAGACAAUUUACUGGCUCAGUAUGGGCCGGACAUUUCAUAAAGUGUGUCUGAAAGACAAGAUAAUCACCGUUACUCGUUACCUGCCAAAGUACCCGUAUGAGUCAGCUCAGAUCCAGUACAGUUACAGCCUGUGUCCUCCUCACUCUGAUGCUCAGUUUGUGUCCUGCUGGGUGGAAUUUGGCCAUGAAAGACUAGAAGAAUAUAAGUGGAACUACCUGGAUCAGUACAUCUGCUCUGCUGGCUCAGAGGACUUCAGUUUAAUUGACUCUCUGAAGUUCUGGAGAACUCGCUUCCUUCUGCUGCCAGCUGGGGGGGCCCGGCGGGUGGCGGAUGGAGAGGGUCACUGGGAUGUUUAUGGGGAGGGAGCGGGUGCUGGGAUGGGUGGCAGCGGGGACUGGGUACUGCUAGAUGGCUUCAUCCGCUUCCUGGAAGGUCUCAACCGCAUUCGACGACGCCAUCGCUCUGACAGGAUCAUCAGACAGAAGGGCACACAAAUGAAAGGACUGCAGGUUACGAGUCCUCUCCCUCCAUAUCCUACCGAACCCGUGCCACCCCCUCAAGGCAAGAAAGGCACAUCGGCUUUGUCAGCCCUGCUGGAGAUGGACCAGAAUCAGAGGACGCUGGAAGAGCACCAGCAGCAGACAAAGCCCUCAGCAGCUCUCAGUGACCUCUCCAGUGUUACCACAGCUUUCACAUAUGUAGACAGUCCCCGCAAGGACGCUGCCUUUAUUAUGGAUUUUAUUCGUAGCCCACGCUCCUCCUACAUCUAUCACCCUCAGUUGCCUGCUGAAGCCAUGGAGGCUGCAGACAAAGGAAUCCAGCCAGGAGUGACAGCUGGAGCAGCAGCACAGCCUGCAGGAGAGACGGGCAGCAGCAGCAGCAUGGACACCAGUGGGCAGUCUGCAGCGGGAGCCCUCUCUCUGUCCUCUUCUUCAACACUCCUGGACAUCCUGGAAGCCAUCAAACAUCCCACGACCGGUGUACAGCUGCUCCCAGAACAGAAGGGCCUGCCACUCAACUGCUUCAUCAGCGCUGAGGUGGUUCAUUGGCUGGUCAGCAGUGUGGAGGGGGUGACUACACAGGGGAUAGCUGUGGAUAUUAUGCAGAAAAUGCUGGAUGAAGGUUUGGUGGCCCACGCUUCUGGAGACGCCAUGCGCACAUUUGUCUACGGCUUCUACUUCUACAGGAUAGUAGCAGAGAAGGACGCUCUCACCUCCCAGCCCCCUCCUACAGCAGCUGGCGGAUGGUCUGCUGCAGCCCUGGAGGACUUUGCCCUGUUCCAGAGGAAGUGGUUUGAGGUGGCUUUUGUGUUGGAGGAGCGACGACCCUGCGACCUCCCGGCCUUCCUCCUUCCCUGGCUGCCCAGUCGGCCAGCCUCCUAUGCAAGUAGGCACAGCUCCUUCAGCCGCAGCUUUGGAGGACGCAGCCAGGCCGCCGCACUGCUAGCUGCCACAGUGCCAGAGCAGAAGACGGUCACUCUGGAUGUGGACGUCAACAACCGCAGCGACCGAACCGAAUGGUGCAGCUGUUAUUACCAUGGAAACUUCUCCCUCAGCACUGCCUUUGAGAUCAAGCUGCACUGGAUGGCUGUCACUGCUGCAGUGCUCUUUGAGAUGGUCCAAGGUUGGCACAGGAAGGCAGCCUCCUGCGGCUUCCUGUUGGUUCCUGUGCUGGAGGUUCCUUUUGCGCUGACGUCAUACCUUUAUGGAGACCCACUGAGAGUCCAGCUUUUCAUCCCUCUGAACAUCCAGUGUCUGCUGAAGAACAGCAACGACAACCUGUUUGAAGGUUUUGAACCAGAGACCUACUGGGACAGGAUGCAGCUCUUUCAGGAGGCCAUACUAUACAGAUUUGGCUUCGUGCAUGACAAGUUUUCAGCUUCUGCCUUUAAUUUCCCCUCUGAGAACAAGCUGCAGUACAUUCACGUAACAGGCACCGUGUUCCUGCAGCUGCCAUACUCCAAGAGGAAGUACUCCACUGGGCAGCAACGCCGGCGCAGAAAUUCUACCACAUCCAACAGCCAGGGGCCGUUCAGCAGUGAGGAGCCGGUUGGUUACUACUGGGCCUACAACACGAUGCUGACCAAAGUGUGGAGGACAGGCGUGCUGGGUGAUGAGAGGCUGGCCGACCGCCUCCUCCGAGACUUCACCGACUUUUGUGCCAACAAGGACAACAGACUCCUGACCUUUUGGGACAGCUGUCAAGAGAGAAUGAAUGCCAGCGCCCCUUGAAGCAAGGACCACUGCCUGGCUGUGAAGCACCCAAUGGUUUUAGACGUCCUCAUAAUUUUAAUGUCAUGUCCAUCUGACAGUCUGUACGAGUACUUUCAGUCAAAACAAUUUGAAAAAUGUUACAGCUGUCUGUUGUUACUACAGGCAGGGAGUGUUUAUUCGGUUGACAUGUUGGGACCCUGGCCACUACAGGAUGUCCACCCCAAGAAAACCAGCUGGUCUUCAUAAACACUGUCAGUAACAGAUGGGGAAAUGAUAGCUGUGGAUUGUGUGGUGUGAAAUUAAACAGUGCCUACAGGAAAAACAGCACUUAACUUUUGAAGUCAGUAAUUUUCAGAGGCUGGUCUGCAUCCUGCUUUUAAAUCCAACAAUGACCUGAAACCUGAGAACUCAUCGCUGAUGUGACAUGGCACAAAAGGCCUGAGUCGGACUUCUGCAAUAAGCAGUUAAUCUUAAGUUAACUUGAUCAAUAGAUUUUUAAAAAGCCUUGGGUUUGCAAGAAACUGAAGAAGAAAGGCAGGUUGAAUCAAGACAGUAUAAUUUCUGAUCAACUGUCUGCAAAAGAAACUGAGCUGGUGACUGAGGUCACGGCCACAAGACAACUUCUCAAAUCACCACCAUACGGUUUCAAUCUUGGCAGGCGAGUCUCCAGUUUUAAUACAGGCAGUAGUAGCACAUUCAUCCACCCAGAACACGCCUUUGAUCGUCUUAAUCUAUAUUCUUUUCCAUUACUAUCCUUUGAAUCAGAUCAGUUUAUAAACGACUCCUUAAUGUAGCACAACAUGAGUGAACAAGACAGGACGCACAUAUGUGUAAACUCUGACAAGAGAUGCUGUGUUUAUGUGAAGGAGGAGGGUAAUAUUCUGUAUGGAGGGGAGGUGAGCAUGUAACAGAAGGAAAGAGGAAGAAAUGAUAAUGAAUACAAAACAAGCUCCAUGUUUUUAUAUAAAAUGUUUGUGGAUGUUCAGGGUCAAGUCACCUGUGCCCCUAUAAAAUAAAAUGUACUACAUGAUGCAGACCAGUAGCCUCCCCAUGUCCCCGCUCAGAGGUGGCAGAUAGGAAGCCUGCGAGCUGUGAUGUUCCCCCUCAUCUUGUUAAUUUUAAGCUUUGAGGUUGAAAAACUGUCCAGGAUUUUAUAAGAAAAAACUAUUUGAGAAGGUCAAGAUAUUUCUUCUUGAGACUGAGUGCUCCUUUGUGACCAGGAACACAAGGUCCAAGCUUUCGCUUCGACAGGACAGGUUUGCCCAGUGGUUCUGAAGAUGCUCAAAUUAUUUUUAAGAGCAAGCACACAUUGCCAGUUGCAUCACAUCAAACUGAUUUGUUCCUUUAUUACAAAAACACCAUCAUAUUUAGAAUCAAAGUUAUCAAAAAGGCAACAACAUAAAAAAAAGGACAAAGAUUGAUUGAGAUUGAUUAACAAAGCUUUUUGUACUGAACUGGAAAUGAACAAAAGUUUCCCAUAGCUCCAAGACAAACACCAGUACCUGCUCUGAUACUCUGCCAGUGUGAUUCCCUUUCAUUUACAUUAUUUAAUAAAUACAAUUAUAGCACCAACCCCUUUAAAGUCUGAAGUCUGGCUAUAUCAAAUAUUUGCUAAUCAGCUUUAAUUAUAAAAUACAUUUGUUAUAUUUAUGUUCCAUUUGGUCUAUGAUCUGCAAAGAAAGUGAUUAAAAUUGAAGCAUCUCUACAUAACAGUAAACUUCUGCCCCACAACUGAGAAAACCCAAAUAAGACAGUUUGGUCUGGAUGAUUUCCAACAAAAACCAGUUAUCCCAGUAACAGUUUCAAAUGAACUUCAGCAGCUGUUAAACACUGUAAAGUUCUGGUAAACAAGACUUUACAGAGGGCAUGGUGUUGACUGACCCAGGUCAUUUUUGGUCCCACAGUAACAUUCAAGGUGAGUUCAUGUUAAGGGCUACCUGUGUGUUAAAGCAAGGCCUUCGCCGUCCUCAUCAUGUGAUAUUCUGUGGAUUUCAGGGUCAGUUUCACUUGAUAGUAUGACUGCAAUUCAUCAGCUUUGGGGAACAGCAUGCGGUGGAAUGGCCUUUGAAUGAAGCCCUGCCCUCUUCUUUGGCGUUUCUGAGCUGAAUCACUUGAAUACCCCGUAGAAUGCAUGUGGUUUCCUUUAUCAUCCUUUUGUGUGGCUCCGAUGUCCCUGUGUAGCUGCAGUCGGUCAACCAGCAGGAUGGCGGCUCCCUUUGUCCUGUGGAGUG